AUGCUUCACUCCGACAUCGAUCCCCUCUCCAUUGCCUGGGCUCCACCCAUGAACGAGUCCCCGCAGGAAAAAGCCGAGCGACUGCAGAGAGAAGCGGAUGCACAGCGUGUUAGCGAUGCAAUUGACGAGUCUUUGCGCGCAGAGCGCGCCGCAAUGAAGAAAUCUAGGAUCGUAAAAAUUCUGCUUUUAGGACAGAGCAAGAGCACGACCCUCAAAAACCUACAAAUGGCCUAUGCUCCAGAGGCCUGGGCUAAACAACGCGCUUCAUGGCGGUCCAUUAUUCAACUGAAUCUUGUCCAUUCUAUCAACACCAUUCUCGAUAUAAUAUCGCUAAGCCAUACCCCGACUACUCGGGCUGCUUCUCCCUUCACAUCGCCUCAUCCCUCUAUCUACUCUCGUUUGGAUCCAGAGGAAGAUGGCUCCGGCAUUCGUAACAAUUCCCGCUCUGAAACUCCCACUCAGCUCACCGAUAAGCAUAUGUUACUGCGCUUGCGCUUGGGGCCCUUGCGCAGUGUUGAGAAUGAUCUGCGAUGCCAUCUCGGAGCGACAUUAUCUGACAUCGAGUCUGUUGAGGUUGAGGCUGAACAAUGGGCUACCCCCUUUGAGACACCUAUGCCCGAUUCGGAGACGAAAAAUGGGUCUGAACGCCGCCGCCUCCGCGAGUUUUUCAUUCGUGCGCAAGGAAGUCAACACUCGGGUACUGAUGAUAUACCGGAAAAGAAACCAAGAGGCCGGGGCGUCAGAUCCGUUACGGACGAGGCGACGGAUAUCAUCGCAGAGUGCGCCGACGAUAUGAAAGCGCUCUGGGAAGACGAUACAGUUCGAGUGAUGUUAGAAUCUAGUGGCGUGCUGCUAUGGCAGGGGUCUGGAUUCUUCCUCGACAGUAUUGACCGCAUCACAUCGCGGAGUUACUCGCCAUCUGACCGUGACAUUGUUCGAGCCCGCCUCCGCACCAUAGGUGUUCAAGAGCACCACCUCGUGUUGGAACGCGACACAGCUCCUAUUUCCGAGGAUAAAGAUCGACGGAAGUCAAAGGAAGGCUCGGCUUGGUCCAAGGAGAUUCGCGAAUGGGUCAUAUAUGAUGUAGGCGGGAGCCGCACUAGUAGAAAUGCGUGGCUGCCGUACUUCACGGACCUUACUGCGAUCAUAUUUCUCGCUCCGCUUUCGUGCUUCGACGAGAUGCUCGUGGAAGACCCGAAAGUCAAUCGUUUAGAAGACUCCUUCCAGCUGUGGACGGCCGUCGUAUCGUCAAAGUUACUGGCAAAGGUCAUGGUUAUCCUUUUCAUGAACAAGUGCGACUUGUUAGACCGCAAACUCAAAGCUGGCAUCAAACUCAACGCUCAUCUUGUCACCUAUGGUGACCGGAGCAAUUCAAGCGGGACAGCUGUUAAAUACCUUCGCAGUACAUUCAAAAGUCUCAUGGCGGAUAACUCGCCGAGCCCGCGACCGUUCUACGGCUACCCAACCUCUGUCGUAGACACCGAGGAGACAGCUCUCGUGCUGCAGUCGGUCUACGACUGCAUCUUACGCGCGCAUCUCAAGAAGGCAGACUUUGUCUGA